AUGGCCGAAACCCAGACCCCCCAGACCACCGAGGUUGACUACACCUUGAACAACCCCGAUACCCUUACCAAGUACAAGACCGCUGCCCAGAUUUCGCACAAGGUCGUCGAGGCUGUCUCAGCGCUAUGUGUUGAGGGCGCCAAGAUCGUCGAAAUCUGCCAGCAGGGUGAUAAGAUCCUGGACGAGGAGCUUGCCAAGGUCUACAAGGGCAAGAAGAUCACAAAGGGUAUUGGUCACCCAACGACGGUUUCUCCCAGCUCCUAUGUGACCCCGUACACUCCCCUGGUAUCGGACACCCAGGAGGCCGAGACGACCCUGAAGGCUGGUGAAAUCGCCAAGAUCCAGCUUGGUGCCCAGAUCGAUGGAUUCGGAACCAUUGUUUGCGACAUGGUCGUUGUCGGCAAGUCUGAGGUUACCGGUCGCGAGGCCGACCUCAUCCAUGCCACUUACUACGCCAACGAGCUACUUCUGAGACUCAUGGCGCCCCCCGGUCUCCUCGCUACUGGAUCCGAGGAAGAGAAGAAGAAGGCUGCCGCCGAGCGCGCCCCUACCCAGGCUCGCAUUUCUCAGCUGAUCGAGAAGGUCGCCAAGAUUUACGACUGCAACGUCGUUGAGAACACAACCACCUGGCAAUUCGAGCGCAAUGAGAUUGAGGCCGAGAAGAAGAUCAUUCUUUCCCCCAGCGCCAACAGCACGAGGGGUGAGGGAAUCCCCGACGUUGGUGAGGCUUGGGGUGUUGAGAUGGGCCUGUCCCUUGGAUCCGGAAAAGUGAAGAACCUGGACCACCGUUCCACCCUGCACCGUCGUACCACUACGACAUACCAGCUCAAGAGACCCAGCUCUCGACAGGUCCUUUCCGAGGUCGUCAAGAAGUUCGGCCAUUUUCCCUUCAGCUUGCGACAGCUCGAUGACGAGAAGGCCGCUAAGGUCGGUGUCCUAGAGUGUGUCCGUGGAGGUGUCCUGCGGCAAUACGAGCCUGCCGGCGAGGCCGAUAACUCUGCGGUCUCCCGCUACCUGACCACAAUUGCGAUUACCAAGAACGGUAUCACGAAGCUGGCUGCUCCUGCUACUCCUGACUUUGAGAAGAUCAAGUCGGACAAGAAGAUCGAGGAUGAAGAGAUCCUCAAGAUCCUUGAGCUCCCGCUCUCGAAAUCCACUGGAUCGUCGAAGAACAAGAACAAGAAGAAGAAGGCCAAGAAGGCUGAUGGUGCUCAGGACGCUGAAUAG